AUAUUUUGUUCACGAAGUUUAUCGUCGCUUGAGAUCGUCGUAGAUUCACACAUAUUCAGAUUGCUUCCUCUCUAUCGUCGAUCAUUAACGAAUUAAAGAAAAACUAGUCGAGCUUAUUUUUGUCGAAGAACGUUUCUGGGCUAUGAAAUAGGAUCGUCACAUUAUAGGAGGCUUGAAAACAAUUCGAUGCGAGGGAAAGUAGCAAAGUAGAUCCUUAACUUUGGAUCCGAUCGAUAUUAUCCAGGAAGAAAAAUCAAAAAGAAAGAGAAGAAGAAAAAAAAAGGAAAAUGAUCGUCGCGCCAACGAUGGAAGAAAAUUCGGGGAUCUUCGAGUCGGGAAAAUUGAGCACCGGUCGAUUGAACGGACAUAGUAUCACGAUCAAUACGGGGAAUCGUGAACCAAAGGAAUUGGACAGUCCGAGUUCGAGUUCGAGUUCGAGUUCGGGUUUUCGGCUGGACUCGGACGCGAGCUCGGUCGCGGGCUCAUCUUCGAAUCUCGAUAGGAGAUUAUCGUUGGACGGUAAGACGGAGAAGACGGUAUCGAAGAUGAGUAGCACGAACUCAGCCGGUACCGAAUAUGGAGGAGGACGAGGGCACGGUCACACCGACACUUCUUGCGGCUUGGUGGGUUCUCUCUUCUCCAGUGGUUGUCGCGGACGAGCGGAAGCCUUUGCUCGACGUCUUCACCGACGGCUUACGUCAUUGGGUAACGCAGAUGAAUCUUCGCACGGUAUCUCGACGACUACGACGUCGACGUCCUCGUCAACAGGGGCGGCGGUGGCGGCUGCGGCGGCGGCGGCAGUGAUUACCAAACCGAUAACGCGCGAGGUUGCCUCGUGGUUGCACGCACCCUCCGAAACUGCCGCUGGUAAUCCCAUAGAUCGUAUUUUUCGGCAUCAACCGCGAAACAGUCCGGAAACGGAACUUUAUUGCGACUUCGAAGACGAUCUAGAUUUCGAACAAGAGCCUGGCUCACCCGCCGAAGAAGUCACACCGGCGGAAUUAGCCGACUUGUUGGUAAAUACGGAAAUUCUUAAAACGAAUCACCACGAAACUUGUCAUUGCUCGUCGAAUGGCCCGAGGCUAGGAAUCGAUCAGGAGUCCGAGUCGGAAUGCGUUUUCGCCUCGCCGGCUAGCGGAACCUCGCCGGCGAGCGAAGUUUCUGAGAUUUAUUUCGAUCCAGAAUCGUCCGACGCGGAAAAGGCUAAGAACGAGAUUUACUUUGAUCCCGUUACAAGUUCCGAGAGCGAAUCAACUUCGAACGUUUGUAACAAUUUGGACGACGUCUCGGUGAAAGAAAAGCCCUCGGCUUCGUUGUCGAUGGAUAGAUCGUCUAUAUAUCGAGAGGAUUCCUCAGACUCGAGUCUAUCUUCCAGUAAGUACAAACCGUUGCCCUUGGAAAGGUUUCGCCUUGAUACUCGUCAGAACAGAGCCGUUAAAGAGGAAUGCAGUUCGGAAGAUUCGUUGAACGAUAGGAGUUCUCGCGAGACCACUUCACCGAGUCACGAAUCUCUUUGGAGCACCUUCGACGACGAUAGCACCGUUUCCCUUCGCGACGAGACUGCCAGGCCUGGCUAUAACCAUCUACCAACGCACAAGCAUCUUCCAAAGUCGCAUUCGGACUCGGAGAUACCGGACAACAUAGAUACAAUAACUUUGGCCCCGAGUACCUUACCGAGAACGAUCGAGAGAGAUGAGGAGGAAGGAUGUGACGUUACUGAUUUUCUCAGUGUCCACAAAGAAUUUACUCAAGAUCCGAUCCAAGAACGAGACUCCUACCCUUGCGAUUUUAUCGACGACAAUGAAAUUGAAAAUGUUACUACGGAGGAAGUGGAAAUAACUGGCGACGAUAGUCCCACAGAUGCGAACGGCCAAAUAGAAACAGACCUGAAAGAGUCAGCUACCAACGAUGGGGACCACUCCGUCUAUAUUGGUACAUUGAACAUAGCCGAUGAACUCGUAGUAGAGUGUCCCACGGGACGAAGACUGACGGAGAAAUUGGAUAAAUCUGUAAUGGACGAAAUGACUUUGCGAAUCGAGAAUGAAACAGUAUUAACCGCGAAGAGCGACGAGAAAAUGUCUCUUUUCUUGUUGGAUUUGGACAGAGAGAAGUGUAACAGAGAUCAGAGUAGUUCAAUAAAUAGGAACAAGAGGGGGGACGAGCUAAUUGCCUCACAAGAAACUAAAGAAGAAGACGAGGAGGUGGAGGAUGACGAGGAAGGGGAGGGUGAGCAAUCGAUGGAAGAAGGGAGACCGCGGAGGCUUAGACGAUGUUCCUCGUUGAAGACUGGUAAGACGCCACCAGGAACACCCGGAAGAAAAAAGAUCGUUAGAUUUGCCGAUGUUCUGGGGUUGGAUCUUGCGGACGUAAGAACCUUCCUCGACGAAAUACCAAAGAUACCAAAUUCGGCAUAUAGCGAUUUGAUCUACGACGACAGCUUCCAAAAAGAGAGCAGUCCGGCGAGCCUCGGCCUUUCUACGAGCUGGAACAACCGAUAUUCGGAGAGACCUGGCUCGUCCGCGUCAAGAGUCGUUGACAGGACAUUAGUACCGCUCUUUCAACAACCCGGUGGACUUCCAAAUUUUCUCGAUUUCGUUCGAGAACGCAAAGUGUGCUUAGAAAAUGUUCUCGUCCAGGAUCCGCUAACUCUCUGCAUACAAGGUACGGUGAGAGUUCUCAAUCUCGACUUUCACAAAUCAGUUCACAUAAGAUACACCCUAAACUCUUGGAAGAAUUUCAGCGAUCUUCAAGCGAGCUACAUAUCGAACUCGUGCGACGGCUUCAGUGACAAAUUUUCUUUCGUUCUCUAUUGUCACACUCUGACGGUCGGACAGAGACUGGAAUUUGCUGUCAGAUUUCAAUGCAAGGGCACACAAUUUUGGGACAACAAUGCCGGCACCAAUUACUGUUUUCAAUGCUUACCUGUCUCUUCCAGCCUCGAAUACGUCUCAGUAACGGCGAAAGAAAAUCAAAGAGACUGGUCACCUGUGUUCUACUGAUUCCUACAUACUCGACGAUUAAAGAUUCUUAUCUUUAAACUCAUUUGGAAAUGAUACCGGCGGCAUCACUCUCUACUAACGAUCGUCAAUUAUUAUUUCCUGCCAAUUUCUGAAGAAUUCAAAAUACUCAAUUAAUCGUCCGAUCGAGUUCGAUCGAGUACCGUAUCAUUUACAAAUUCGAUUAUAUGUACACGAAGGAAGACUGAGAAACUGACAAUGAAAGAACAUUGAUUUCAAUGAACAUAGUCAAGUAUAUCCAUCAAGUAUUUUGAUGACUAGAGCGAUAUACGAUAAUACAAGAAAAAAGGAAAAAGCACGAAUACCUUGUCGAGCGUUGGCGGUUAUGUCGAGAUGUCGGUGUCGUUGCAUCCACCUUUACGCUCUCAACUUUUUCUCUAUCGUCAUCUGCAUUUUCUUACGCUUAUCUAUGAAACACAAGGAAUCUAUCUUGUUUUGCCAACAAGAAAAUUAUCGUGCGACCAAGUCGUAUUUAAAUAAAUCCUUUCAAUAUCGUUCGUAACAUCUCCCGCUAUGAUGGGUGCCUAUAUAUGUACGUACGCACGUGCUUCUACGAUUCGAACGAAGAGAUUUUUUAGCCGAUGACCAAUCUGAAAGUUAAAAGCAUGAGGCGAAAAUAUUAUUAACAUUGAUAAAAAGAUGUAAUGAAAAUGAUCAUUCGUUACCUCAAGCACUUCCAGAAUUGUCGGUGAAUGUUCCAUAAAAUCGAGAUUACAUACGAAUAUAUUAUCUAGGAAACAUACAUCGUAGAAAUGGCACUGAUAAUGCAAAUUUGUCUCGGUAGCGGUUUUUGUUAUUAGUGUCAGACAUAUUUUUCUUUCUCGCCAUAUUUAAUUGUACGUAAUAAUGAAUACCUAACUAAACGAAUAAAUGAGACGCAAAGUAGCGAAUAUUAUUCGAGUAACGUAUUGCUAAAUGCAAUGGUGGACCGGGGAUGGUGUACCAAUCUCGUUUACUUUUAAAUUUCUCAUGACUAAUCUUUGUCGUUUAAAGUCAUGCAACGUGUAAAAUCGUUCUUUAUACUUACGUGCUUAUGGACGUAUCAAACAAACGGCAAUUAUGUAUAUGUAGUUGCAGACUUUAAAAAAAUAUUUCGCGAAAAUAUAUAUAUGUAUUCAUUGGAUCGAAGAUUAGUACAAAGAAUGUUUUUGGGUAGUCGAGGUAUAUUGUAUAUGAAUAUAUUAAUAUAUCUAAAGUAAAAAGAAAUAUAUAUAUAUAUAACAGAUAAAUAUGAUUGAAUUUAAAAGAAACAAAAUAUAUCUUUACAUAAAUGUACACGAGGAUGAGAGUUUUCAUACUUUUGACUCUAGAUGAAAAUAAUAGAAGGGAUAUAUUUGAGAUGAAGAAAAAAACAAAAAAAAAAAAGAAGGAAGAAGAAAAAGAAAAAGGAGAACGAAUAAUUUAUUACGUAAUCGUAAAUUUUUGUAAAUAGAAUAGUAUCAGUGUUGAGUUUAUCGUCGUAUAUCUUUGCACAGUUUACAGGAAAAAAAAAAUACAAAAAAAAAAAAAUUACAGAAAAAGAAAGUAACAAAGAAACAAAACAAAAGAGAUGUUUUAUUUGCAUACAUUUGAAACGACGUUUAAACGACACCCUGUGAUAUGCUUUUUCGAGAAAAGAGCGAAUUAUUUUUGUUAAUCCUCUCCGAGAUAAGAAGACGAGACGAGAAAUCGAGCGAAGCUUUUUUAUCGUUCUAAUAAUCGCAACGCUUACCGAACGAACGAAUACGAGAAAAUUCUUCAUCGAAAGGAAAUAUAAUAAUAAAUGAAAACUCAUCGAUAUGUAAUAAGUGCGAUAUAACCUGAUCGACCAGCAGCGCGU